GGAGCUCUGAUAAAUCGUACAUGCAUAAGCACUACGGUUCAUCUCAAGGUGAUCUCCACACCACUUCUGGGAAGAAUAAAAUCCGAUAGACCAUUGCAAUCAUAAGUAAGAAGAGAUGCAUAUUGCUUCCAAGCACACAUUCAUGACCAUGAAGCACCUUGUCAGCAUCCCCAUCCUUCUUGUGGGUAUUGCGCUCCUCUCGUCAUGGUGGUCAUCCGGAAUCCUUCCCUGGCAGCGUGCCAAUGAUAGAGCUGCUUCGUCAACGCAAAGAACCAUUUACGCCGCCUAUCUGAACCCCCCAACGGAAUUCCAAGACUUCUGGUUCUCCAGAUACAAGAAUUCAAGUGAUCCCUACUUCGAUGCCGUCCGGAUUCUCGCCUACCAAAUCCUACACGCCCCCGAAACACGCACCAAACUCAACCUGGAUUUCGUGGUCUUCGUCCACGAGGGGGUGGACGAAAGCAAGCGGGACUGCCUGCGACGCGACGGCGCGCAGGUGAUCGAGCUGCCAGAGCUGAAAGCCGACUGGACGCGCUUCAAGGAUGCGCGAUGGGCGCAUGUACUCACGCGCCUACGGCUGUGGCAGAUGGUGCAGUACGAUCGCAUUCUGCUGCUAGACGCUGACUCGGUUCUGACUCGGUCCAUCGACGCGGUCUGGAACCUUCCAGAGCUCCAGCCGAGGACUCCCCUCUCCACGUCGGUGCAUGUGGGUGAGAUGGUCCUACCGUUGCCGGAGUCCUACGUGCUGGCCGGUCUCCCGCAGCUGCGCCUCAAUCAUACAGCACGCCCAGCGCGCGUGCCAGAGGACUUCUAUGAUUGGGAGACUCUGAACGUGGGCUUUCUGAUGUUGCAGCCGUCGCUCGAGAUCUUCGACUAUUUUGCCGCCAUGCUGGCGGUGCCGGAAAGCUUUGAGAGUAGUAUCGCUGAUCAGAGUCUUGUGAACGUCGUCUUUGCAGCUGAUGGUCCGAUGCCCUGGACGCGGCUGGAUCUGUCGUGGAAUGUGCAGUGGCCGUGGCCGGACGAUCUCUGGGCAGGCUAUGCUGUGUUGCAUGACAAGUGGUGGGCACCGCUUCAUCCAGAGACGCUGGAUUUCUUUCACUCGUGGUAUUGGCGCAUGAUUGGGUUCUAUUCGGUGAGAGAUGGUUGAGCAACAGUGAGAAGGUUGCCUUCAUGUGGGUGUGUUAUCAGAUGCCAAUAGAGUAGAGAGUGCACCAAGGGACAGUCUGAUUCUUGUGUAGCCUUAGUUUCGCCUGAAGGGGAGCACUCCAGCUUCAGUAACCUAAAC